AUGUCCUCCCAUGUACCCGCUCAAAUUCUUCCCUUACCUGCAAUGACCGCAACAACUCCAAGCCCCCAUACAUAUAUGCCAAGCCAUGUCAGCCACGCCCAACCAUAUGUUCCACAUACAUUUGAUACCACUGGUCAAAUACCACCACCUGGUGCGAAGCCGAGGGUUACGGCUACGUUGUGGGAAGAUGAAGGAAGCCUGUGUUUUCAGGUGGAAGCUAAGGGUGUUUGUGUUGCGCGCCGGGAAGAUAACCACAUGAUCAACGGAACAAAGUUGCUCAAUGUUGCUGGCAUGACAAGAGGACGACGGGACGGUAUUCUGAAGAGCGAAAAAGUGCGCAAUGUCGUCAAAAUAGGGCCGAUGCAUCUCAAAGGCCGAGGAACGAUCAGAGGCGCUUUGAAGCAAGUCAGGCUUCUCGAUCGUCACAAGCUGGACAACCCCCACCUCUGCAUCACCAUCAUUCAAUGCAUAACCCUGUUAACUUCACACAAGAGCGUAGAUCCCAACCUCCUCAGUUCCAUGGGCUCCCAUUCUGGGCAUCCUCGCCCUGGGUUAGAUCGUUCACACACAUUCCCCACACCCCCGACCAGCGCAUCCGGUCUGAUGGGCAUCGGAAGCCAAGGUGGAUCUUAUGAAUGGUCUGGCCAAAAUAUGGGGACUGGCGUUCAGGGCUCACAGGCUCUUUCGAUCGACACGGGUUUAACAAGUGCCAGGUCGAUGCCGACAACACCCGCCACCACACCCCCCGGAACCAGCCUGCAGAACAUGCAGUCAUAUCAAAGCCAACCAAGCUAUGACAGUUCGAAGUCAUACUAUUCCGCAGCCCCUACAUCUCAAGCGCAAUAUGCGCCACAUAAUACCAUAACCCAACAGAGUAAUACGUCGAGCCAGGGAAACGGACAAGUGAGCCAUGGACCGGGUGAGGGAGAGGCAGAUCAUGAUAAUGAACCCGAGUAUAUCAACGACACAAAUGCUUCUUACAGUGCCAACCGUGGCUCAUAUGCGUACACCAUCAGCACCGGCGCAGGUAAUCUCAAUGGAGAGCACUCUCACCUUUCCUCCGAGAUAACUGAUUCUUCCUCCCAUCCAAACGGCUCUGAUAGCAGGGUCACUCCUCGGACCAGUAGCCAAUCGCAGUGGAAAUCAGUAUACCCUACCCCAUCACGACCUGCAGCUCCUUCCAGCAAUCUCUACAGUGUGAUGAGCGAUACUCGUGGUACCGCCACUAAUGGAACGGCAGGGGACUCUUAUUCCAUCUCUUCAAAUGGUCCAUCAGCUUACUCGUCAAUGAAUGGCUCUGGGAAACGUAUGCGCGACGAUGACAAUCAAGAUCAAACCUCUCUGCCCGAUACCCAGAAUGGCGACAGCACCUACGAGCAUAAACGCCGGAAAACGCUGGUUGACGGUGUUGGAGGCCCUGUCGGUGGCACACCACUUGAAGGUCUCUCUUUUCCUUUCCUUUGGGAUGAGGAUGUCAUCAGCACCGUGGAGUCGACCAACCAGCCGAAAAUCUGGUUUUAUAUCUAA